AUGGAGUGAAGCCAGACCCAAGAAAGAUUGAAGCAAUUACCAAAAUGCCCGUUCCAACAAACCCUGCCGAACUUCAGCGUUUUCUUGGGAUGGUGAACUAUCUUGGUAAAUUCAUCCCAAACCUAUCAGAGUAAACUGCGCCAUUACGAGCCCUCUUGAAGAAAGGAACCGAGUUCUUAAUGCAGAAACCCCAAAUUGAUGCCUUUGAAAAGCUCAAGCGUCGGAUUUCAUCUGUUCCUGUCCUACAGUUCUACGACCCAAAUCUCCCAACUCGUAUUCGGACAGACUCUAGCUCUAUUGGGUUAGGUGCAAUGCUUGAGCAACGCAUAGAUGACUCCUGGCAUCCCAUUGCAUUUGCCUCCAGAACACUCGAAAAAUCAGAACAAAAUUGUGCUCAGAUAGAACGUGAAACUCUUUCAGUCGUAUUCGGAUGUGAACGGUUCCACGAAUACCUCUAUGGUCGAGAAUUUAUCGUACACAAUGAUCACCAGCCCCUAAAAGCCAUUUUCUCCAAAAGCAUUGUUCAGUGUCCUCCUCGCAUCCAACGGUUCUUUCUGCGCCUACAAAAGUAUGACUUUUCAUUCGAAUAUGCACCCGGAAAGACUAUGAAUGUGGCAGAUGCCGUCAGCAGAGCCUCAUUACCUGGUCAACCGGAAAUUACCCCUGAAGAUAUUGCUCAUCAUGUUCACUCAAUCAUCAACCAGCUACCAAUCAGCCAGUCAAAACUCUCUCAGCUUCAGCGCGAAACAGCAAACGACCUAGUUCUACAAAAGCUCAAACAAUACACCGUCAAUGGUUGGCCAUCCGAUGAUAACAUUGAUAGUUCCGUGAAACCUUUCUACAGCCAGCGUCACGAAAUUGUGUACAAUCAUGACCUUCUUCUCAAAGGGCAACAAAUCAUUGUGCCGAAAUCCAUGCGUCCUGAAAUCCGAACCCUUCUUCACCAAGGACACCAAGGCAUUGAAAAGUGCAAGAGUCGAGCCCGGCAAGCUAACUGUUCUUGUCUCUCAGUGUGCAACGUGCACAAAUCAUCGCAACCGACAGCAAAAGGAAACACUAAUACCACACGACGUGCCUGACCAACCGUGGGUCAAAGUUGGUACAGAUCUCUUCUCGCUCCAUGGUCGAGACUACCUAAUAGUCGUUGAUUAUCACUCCAAAUUCUUUGAAGUAACCCACAUUGCAAAACCCGUCGAGGUACCUGCCGUAGUUCGUGAAAUGAAGAAAAUAUUUAGUCGUCAUGGUAUCCCACAAACAGUGUUCAGUGACAAUGGCCCACAGUACACUGCCGCAUCCUUUAAACGAUUUUCACGAGAGUGGGACUUCCAGCACGACACGUCUAGUCCUCACUUCCCUCAAUCAAAUAGCCUCGUUGAGAGAACCAUCCAAACGGUCAAGAAGUCACUGAAGAAAGCUGAAGAAUCCCACAGCGAUGUGUAUCUUUCCAUGCUCGUGCUCAAUACAACCCCACACAAUGAUGGCCACUCUCCAGCCUACAAAAUGUAUCAAAGAAACCCUCGCACCACCCUUCCUUCUGGAUCAACCCAGCCACCGUGCCCGGUGUCGCCAAGGCACAAGGUCAAGCAAUCUUAUGAUCAGCAUGCCCGCAAUCUACCAGCUUUACUACCUGGUACUACAGUUCGCGUACGAACCGAUAAAGACACCGAUUGGUCAAAAAAGGGUAAAGUGGUAGAGAAGUGUAGUGAACCUCGAUCAUAUCGUAUCCUGAAUCAGCAGGGAAAUGUUGUUCGUCGAAACAGACGACAUCUGCUUCCAACGAAGGAGACAUUUAAAGUUGAGAACAACGACGAUUAUGACGACCUGAAAUUGUCAAGUAGACCAUCCACCUCCAACCAAUCUAAUGUGAAAGUUAGCAGAAACAAUCCGAUAGUGACAUCUCGGUCAGGUCGACAAAUAAAGAAACCCUCAAGAUAUGCAGACUAG